UUUAAAUUAUUUCCGUUACGUUUAAUGUCUUACGAAUGUUCUUCUUGUUCUUUUUUCAUUUAAGUUCGGUAUUUUAGUUAAAAGUUUGUUUUGAUACUGUAUUUUUUUUCGAAAAAAUGGCGUUAAUCAGAGUCUUGACAUUUCUUUUCGUUUUCAUUUUCACUUUUCUUUUCGGGUGGAUGACUUUUGAAAUUUUUAAAGAAUCCCACGAAACAUCUUACGGUGACGACCAACAAAGUUUUCCAGUCUCAAAGAUUUGGAGCAUCUUUCGGAGUAACUCGAAGGAGAAUAAAAAAUAUGUUUGGGGAAUGCCCAAAAGAAUGACCAAAGUUUUUGAAAAAGAAAGCAGAGCAACAUUCAGGAAGAUGACAGGAAUCAAUUUUCAUUGCAAGAAGGUAGAACCUUUAUGGUCGAAAUUAAUUAGAAGGUUUCAUAGAGUACAGAAAACGUUAAAAUGCAGUCUCCCUUGGGUGGAUUGUACCGAAAAACCUAAAACUUUAAAAGAAAUAUUUAUGAAAGCGGCUUGUCAGAAAGUGAAGCCAAUAGUAAAAGCCACUAAAAUUUUUCUACGAAAGCUUCUUCCAUGUGAAAAUUAAUAUAAAAUACUGUAAAUCGAUAUUUUCUUUCAAAAUUUCUGUUAUUUUUUAUAUAAUAAGUUCGAUAUACAAAUAUAUUGUAUUUGAUAGUUAGAUUUAAUUACUGUAUUUACGUUAAUAUUGUGA